UACGAGUCCUGCCACUUGCCGUCUGCCGGGGCCGGGCCGGAGCCGGGCUGCAGCGCCGGGGAUCGGCCGGGCGCCACAGGUUGGAAACUCAGGCGCUGUCCUCUGACUGUCGCCUGUCGAGCCGAUCCUGUGUGGCGGCUGGCGUGGAAGCCCCGGAGCUCGAGAGCUGGGGAGAGGGGAAGGCAACCUCUGAAACCUGACACUCAGCCCUCGCCCGAAAGGAAAGUUCGCAGGCUGGCCCACCAAGACCAUCACUAUGACCGAUGGGGACUAUGAUUAUCUAAUCAAACUCCUGGCCCUUGGAGAUUCCGGGGUGGGAAAGACGACAUUUCUUUAUCGUUACACAGACAAUAAAUUCAACCCCAAAUUCAUCACAACAGUAGGAAUAGACUUUCGGGAAAAACGUGUGGUUUAUAACACACAGGGACCCAAUGGAACUUCAGGGAAAGCAUUUAAAGUACAUCUUCAGCUUUGGGACACCGCAGGACAAGAGCGGUUCCGCAGCCUCACCACCGCAUUUUUCAGAGACGCCAUGGGUUUCUUACUAAUGUUUGACCUCACCAGUCAACAGAGCUUCUUAAAUGUCAGAAACUGGAUGAGCCAACUGCAAGCAAAUGCUUAUUGUGAAAAUCCAGACAUCGUAUUAGUUGGCAACAAGGCCGACCUGCCAGACCAGAGGGAAGUCAACGAAAGGCAAGCCCGAGACCUGGCUGACAAAUAUGGCAUUCCGUAUUUUGAAACAAGUGCAGCCACUGGCCAGAAUGUAGAGAAAGCUGUGGAAACCCUUCUGGACUUAAUAAUGAAGCGAAUGGAACAAUGUGUAGAGAAGACACAAGUCCCCGACACUGUCAAUGGAGGAAAUUCUGGAAAGCUGGAUGGGGAAAAGCCAGCUGAGAAGAAAUGUGCUUGUUAGGCUCUCCUCAGAAGGUGGUCAUCAAGCACCCCACACAAAUAACACUGCCCCAGACAGCGACGGACCACUGAUUGUUGUUGAGUAUACCAUAUAUAAUGACAUGUCUGUCUUUUUCUGCCAGAAAAUUCUCCUUUAAGAAACCAGAUUAAUUAACAGUGUUCAAAAGAAUGACCAGUAAUUUUCCAGUUAUCUGUGAGGUCCCUUCAAAACAAGAGCAAAGAUUUCCUAAUGUGAUCGACCCAUCAUGGACACCCAAUUUGUUUUUCUUAAAAAGAAAAUGUGUAGAUAAAAGGAUCUACAAAAAGGAAGGUCAGGGAGUUUUGAAUCAGAACAAAAAUUCCUGUGUCACAUUGGGAAGUGGGAUAGGCUACUAAAGGAAGAACAUAGAAGGAAAAGUUAAAAAAAGAUUAUGAUAUGCUUGUUAUAUAGAUUCUGAUUUGUAGUUUUGGGUUUGCUUCGGGGAGAGGAAAACACAUUAGCCAAAAAUGGAUGUACAGUAAAGACUUCUUAAUGAUUCAUUAAGAAUGGCAUUACUGUGUAUAUCCAAUAAGCUGAAUGACUAAAUAUUACUGAAAGUUAGGAGAGAUUGAAUGUAAGACUUCUGCUGAAAUGUAGGCAAUUGUGUCACCAUGCCAUUUUGUAUUCUUAGUAAAUGACAGGUAGGUAUGCACAGCACUGUAAAUGACAAAGUACCAGAAUCAUGCCUGGAAAAAAAA